AUGGCUUCUCCGUGUGCCUCAAAAGGCGCGCCGUCCAUAGCGUCUGCCUACAAUGUGGGUGUGCCGCCGAGCUCGAUCACCUCGGCGGCGCAAACAGCAACGCCACCUGCAGCCGCUAGAGCUCCCGUUUCUGGUUCCGCGCCUAUGAUGAUGCACCUUUCAAUGGUGACCUCCGCCUCGCAGCCGCUGGACACAAAUACGCUCCUGUGCACGCCUCCCCAGCAGCUGUGCAUCGCGCAAGGAGCUGAGGGUGCAGCGACGGCAGCCUCUGUCAUGCUUUCCAUGAUGGACCAAAGCCAGAUGUACAUGAUGGGUUUCCCUGGUGUAGGCAUGCCUGUCAGCUACGUGACGCAGACCUUUGCACCCACAAGCGGUGCCCCCGUCAUGAUGGCUUCUGGGGCCACGUUUGCGUACACCGCCUCUGGCGCGUCGAUGUGCAGCUCAACUUACUCAAUGCUGCCUGACGGCGGUGGCGGCCCUCUUAACGUGGGUGCUGCGCCCUUGGCGGUCUAUCAAGCUGGUAGUGCAUCUGGGAUGUCGCAGCUUCCCUCCUUGGGCACUAUGAGCGAGGACACACUUGGCUCGUGCCCGUUCGCUUCGACUACGUCGAAUAUGGCACCGGUGUGCUUCCCGGGAGCAGCGCCAUCUUUUAGCGCCACCAGCCACUUUUCUCCAACGGGUGCGGUCCUUGUGCAGGCGUCGGCAUCGGCACCGUCGGUGCACCUGCCUCCUCCUCCUCCUCCGCAGUACAGCAGCAUUGUGAAGUCACCAGCGGGUGGUGCAUCCAGGCUCAUCUUCGAUUCUCAUCCAACACCUGUGUUGCGCAAGGGCGACGCUGGCAAGGGCUACAGGGCCGGCGUGCACUACGAAGGUCGCGUGAAGCGCUUCAACCCGAUCCGCGGCUACGGCUUCGUGUCUGCCACGUACAAGCUUAUCCCGUUGCUGAAAUACAGGAAAAUGACGGAGGGAAAGGCGCCAGGGCCCAUCAGCACGUCUGAGAAGCAGCGUCACACCCCACACGCGAGACCCCGGGACAGCGCAGGUAGCGGCGCCGACAAGGAGGGGGGCAAGGCGAGCGAGGGCGCGCCUCUCAUUCUCGCAAGUGAUGCGCACGCCGCGGCGGAGCUGCGUGCUGAAAUCGAUGGGGACGACCUUGUGUACAUCAAAGGUGUUCCGCACGUCCGCGAACCCGUCACGAUGGGUGACGUCUUUGUCCAUUACAACUGCCUGCAGCGCCUGCCGGGCGAGGUGAACAUGGAGGCGAACGGGGGCUUUGUGAACCUGCCAGCCGGGUCGCGGGUACAGUUCAAGGUCGAGAUGUUUGUCCCGGCGGAGCUGAUGGAAAAGGCGUCGGACGACAAAGAGGCUGCAGCGAUGCUGAACAACUUGGGCGUACCUGUAGAAGAGAACCCGAACCUGCUGAGUGGGGCGAUCGCGGCGAAGAAGGGGUGGGGCUAUCAGGCCAUUGACGUUCUUGUGUUGCCACCGAAGGGCACCCUGCCGGCACAACUUGCCCCUCGGAACUCAGCAACCGCCACCGAGGGCGUUGCCUCGGGAAGCGCUUCCAGCGUCUCCCUGAGCUCUUUGUGUACCUUGUAG